GGGCUCAAAUUCCGAGAAUUGAGCUCGUCUGAUUCUUAGAACUGGGGUUCUUAGAAGUGGUGAUGCAAGAAGUUUCUAGGAAAGCGCUACCAGAACUUGAGAAAAUGGCUUGCGCAGCAGACAGCUGCAUACAAUUCACACGCCAUGCAAGUGAUGUUCUGCUCAACCUGAAUCGGCUGCGUAGCAGAGAUAUUCUCACAGACGUCACUAUCUUGGUUAACAGACAGCAAUUUCGUGCACACAAGACCGUUCUCAUGGCUUGCAGUGGGCUGUUUUACACCAUCUUUACUGACUCCCACAAGUGCAACCUUAAUGCUAUCAGUCUGGACCCAAAGGUGGAUCCAGAGGGCUUUGCCAUUCUGCUGGAGUUUAUGUACACCUCCCGUCUCACACUAAAGGAGAGUCUGAUUAUGGCAAUCAUGAACACGGCCAUCUACUUGCAGAUGGACCAUGUUGUGGACACCUGCCACAGAUUCAUCAAAUCCAGUGAUCCUGCUAAACUGCCCAGAGAUGAGUUUUUGGUCAGUCCAUUAGUUUUACCUCAGGAUGUCCAUGCUUACCGGCCCCAUGAUGUUGUUGACAGUUUGCACAGUCGUGUAGCUCCAUUCAGGGAUGGGAGGCCCUACGGUUCAAACAUGUUCAACGGGGUCAGCACCCCCAGCAACUACCAUCUCUACGGGCAGUUUCCUAUGCCAGGAUUCCCUUUCCCGCUCUGCAAGCUGACUGAUGCCAAAAACGCUUUUGCUGACCUCUCAAAGAGUGGUAUCCAUCACAAGCAUUGUUCUCCACAUGACAGCGCCAACACCAUCAGGGCAGAAUACUCCAGGGCGGUUGGCACCAGCUCCUCCAGCAUUAUUCACUCCACCGCCUACGCUUCCAGAGAGGUAGGGAGAGACGAUGAGAUGAGGAAGGAGAGCCACGAGGGGCUCAGCCAGUCUAUCGGUCUAGGUACAAGAAAGCGUGCGUUUCCUGUGUUGACCUUCGAGCACCAGAAAGAAUCGGGCAAAGAGCACGCUCCUCAGGCAGAGGAAGACCUGAUCCAUCAGCACUACCCGCUGGGAAUCUCCUCUGCUGGACGCAAGAGCCUCAUGAGCAGCCCGCAGAGCCCCCUCAAAUCAGACUGCCAGCCCAACUCCCCAACAGAAUCAAGCAGUAGCAAGAACGCCGGCCUCUCCCAAGCUGCUGGAGCGCAAGCCCCGGCAGGUGCGCAGGACCCCAAAGCUCGCAACUGGAAGAAGUACAAGUUCAUCGUGAUGAAUCAGAGCGCCAAGGAAGACGAGGUGGGGAUGAGGGAUCCCGGGCUGCGUUCGCCUCAGCGCCUUGGCCUGCCACCUUACCUCCACCCCAGCGACUCGGAGAACCUCGACCCACAAACCACAAGCAAGAGCAACGAUCACAGUGAGGAUCUACCUGUGCCCCAAGCUAGUCGUCUCAAUAACAUCAUUAACAGUGCACUUGAGGGGUCACUGAGGAAUGGUGACAGUCAUCCUCCACACUACCUGAACCGCCUAAACUGCUCAUCAUGCGGCUCUCAGUCCCCACAGCACUCAGAAGUCUGCGCCAACACCUCCAGGUCCCGUCUAGCAGAAGACAUGGCAGAGCUACAUUCAGAAUACUCAGACUCCAGUUGUGAGAAUGGUACAUUCUUCUGUAAUGAAUGUGACUCCAAGUUUGCUGAUGAUGAAGCACUGAAACAACAUAUGCUCCAAGUACACAGCGACAAGCCAUACAAGUGUGACCGCUGCCAGGCUGCUUUCCGCUACAAGGGCAACCUUGCCAGCCACAAGACCGUCCACACAGGAGAGAAGCCGUAUCGCUGUAAUAUCUGUGGUGCUCAGUUUAACAGACCAGCUAACCUCAAGACUCACACUCGCAUCCACUCAGGAGAGAAGCCAUACAAAUGUGAGACGUGCGGAGCUCGUUUUGUACAGGUCGCUCAUCUCCGUGCCCAUGUGUUGAUCCACACGGGUGAGAAGCCAUAUCCGUGUGAGAUCUGUGGAACACGCUUCCGUCACCUGCAGACACUGAAGAGCCACCUGCGUAUACACACAGGAGAAAAGCCCUACCAUUGUGAGAAAUGCAACUUGCACUUCCGCCACAAGAGUCAGCUACGAUUGCAUCUUCGGCAGAAGCACGGCGCCAUCACUAACACAAAGAUCCAAUACCGUAUGUCAACAGCUGACAUGCCCACUGACUUGACGAAGGCAUGCUGAGUUGUAAGAAGGGAAUCAUUUUGACAGAGGCAAUCUUGACCUUGGCAUUUAAAGACCCCCAACUUGUACAAUCAUCCAAAAUUGUAGUGCCACACUGUGUUCAUUAGACAUAUAAAUUGGCUGUGUAUGCCAUUCUAAACGGGUUUCCACUACAUGUGAACGUAGAGCCACAUAUGGCAUCUUAGUCACUUUAUUGUUUCUAAAUAGAUAUAAAUAUAUAUAGUAUAUAUAUACAGUAUGUUGGGAGUGUUUCUAAGCUUUGAAGGUACGUAUAUAAAGCUUUAUUUUAUUGAGAAGGAUGGAAUGUAAACAAUCAGUUUUUUGAAAAUACAGUAUUUUAUAUCAGAGAACUUACUUUUCUGAAAGUAUUGAAAAUUUUGAUUGACGGGUGGUACAUAUAUUUUAAGAUAACGGGAUUUGCGGCUGUAUAGAGUUGUCUAUACAUUUUUAUGUAGAUGUACGUACAUGUUGCACCAUGUCAAGUUGCCAUAUUCAUGUGAAAGGAAAAAAAAAAAAAGACAUUGUAAUUGGGUUUUGUCUAAAACAUAUCAGAUGACUGCUGCUGUCUGAUGAGGAUAUGCAUGAGGUACUCUUACUGUUGCCAGUUGUCAGUGUACACGAAGUGGGCAACUGCAUAAAUAUUGUGACAUAUUGUGUAAUUAUAUCUGUGGGAUUGCUCUCUGCGGGCAGAGCCAAUCUACGACUAAGUGUUGAAAUGCAUUUCAAGGUACUGCUUUGUUAUGACCAAGAAAAUAUUUUGCUUCAAACGUAUUUGUAUAGAUGUGACUUUUGUUUUUGUUCAUUUGUUUUUCAUAAGUGAAGGUUUACAGUUUUGGUCAUAGUUACAGAUCCUACUUGUGUAAGUGUUGAGAUUUUUUUGUUUGUACAUACACUGUGUAUUCAAUGUGCCUUUCUCUAUGGUGACUGAAUUCCUCUCCGUUCAGCACAGCUCUAUUAAGGUACAACUCAAGGACACCACUAGUCCUAAAUCCCUGAGUGAGUGUGUGUGUAUGUGUGUGUGUGUAUAUAUUUUUAAAUGCUUGUUACCAACCUUAACACAUGCAAAUUCAUCAUUGUAAAUAUUCAGGACUUGUUUUUGGAUUGGGCUUUUUUAACUGCAUUAAAAUUAUUGUACAAUGUUAUAGAUGUAUGAAUGUAAAAUAAAGGUAUUGGAUUUCUAUGUAUUAA